AAAAAAAAAGGAGAUUAGACAAAAGCCAAAGUGGAACCCCACUGUCUCCUCCAGCAAAUAGAAUCCAUAAAAAGGCGAGAUUUUUCACCCCAAUCUCCGAUCUUUUUAUUCUUCUUCAUCUCUUUGAUCGUCAUCACACAGAUCCUCCAUUCUCUUUUCGUUCAGAUCUUGGAAGGUCCUCAGCUCAAGGAGAGGAGAAGAGGAAAGUAAAGGGAGAGACUUUGAAGGAUGUCUUCAUUCACAGGAACUCAGCAGAAGUGCAAGGCUUGCGAGAAGACGGUGUACCCUGUGGAGCUUCUCUCAGCUGAUGGUGUUAGCUAUCACAAGUCUUGCUUCAAAUGCACUCACUGCAAAUCCAGGCUUCAGCUGAGCAGAUACUCAUCAAUGGAAGGUGUGCUGUACUGUAAGCCUCAUUAUGAGCAGCUCUUCAAGGAGUCUGGUAGCUUCACCAAGAACUUUCAGUCACCUGUUAAACCUGCGGCUGAGAAAUCAAGUCCUGAGCUGGUAAAUGUUUCGUUAUCUGGUUUUGACUGUAAGCUCUUUAGAUACAUUGAAGUUUUCUCUUAUAUCGUCUUCUUCUUCUUCGUUUGUUCUCAGACAAGGACCCCUAGCCGAGUUGCCGGUAUGUUCUCAGGGACACAAGAAAAAUGCGCCACCUGCAGUAAAACUGUGUAUCCUAUCGAAAAGGUAACAGUGGAGAGCCAGACGUAUCACAAGUCCUGCUUCAAGUGCUCACAUGGAGGCUGCCCAAUCUCGCCUUCAAACUAUGCAGCUCUUGAAGGAAUCUUGUACUGCAAGCACCAUUUCGCUCAGCUUUUCAAGGAAAAGGGAAGCUACAACCACUUGAUCAAAUCCGCUUCCAUCAAACGCUCUGCAGCUGCUGCAGUUGCUGCUGGUGCACCUGCAGCCGCCGUUCCUGAAUCUUAAAACUCAAUAAUCCUCUCUUCUCUCUCCUCUCUAGUCUAAAAUUGAAAACUCAAUGCCAAACUGAUUCAGUUUGUUUUCUCUUUUGUGUCUUUAUGUGUGAGCGUGUGUAAUCUAUCUCUUUGUUUACAUUGUUAUCUCCUAAAAAGCUUGUUUGUUGUCGUAACUUUGGUAUCUAUAUAUAAAAAACUGAGACUUUCCUUU